AUGAGUUUUGGGAGUAAAGAGGAUUCAGAGAACCUCAGAUCUGAGUCCAGCUUUUCUAACACAGAGAGUUUUCACUCUCAGUACAUCCUUGGAAAGACCAUUAGCCACGGAGGCCGCUCCAAUGUGAAGUUGGCCCAUCACCGCCUCACAGGCACCCCCGUGGCUGUGAAAAUGAUACCCAAGCAAGAGAACUGGUGCCAUCCUGUCACAUCAGAGGUGGAGAGCAUGAUGACUUUAAAUCACCCCAACAUUAUCUCUUUGUUCCAAGUCAUCAAGACAGAGAAGAGAGUAUACCUGAUUAUGGAGUUGUGUGAGGGCAAGUCACUUUACCACCACAUCCUAGAGGCUGGCCACCUGCAGGAGGAUGAAGCCAGGGCAAUCUUCACACAAAUUUUACAUGCUAUGAACUAUUGCCAUGACCAAGGUAUAGUUCAUAGAGAUCUCAAGCCGGACAACAUCAUGAUAGAUAGCAAUGGAAAAAUAAAAGUAAUUGACUUUGGGCUGAGUGCCCAAGUGAAGCCAGGACAGCGGCUGAGCUAUCACUGUGGGACUUUCCCCUUUGCUGCGCCUGAGCUCCUCCUUGGCAGACUAUAUGACGGCCACAAGCUCGAUGUAUGGACCCUGGGUAUCUUUUUGUAUCUUAUGAUCACCGGAAGGGUACCAUUUGAUGCUUCCAACUUACUACAUUUUCGAAGACAGGUUGUGUCAGGAAAGUAUCCUGUCCCCUCUCGCCUAUCAAGAAAACUCCAGGACCUGGUUAGACUUUUACUUACUGCAGACCCCAAACAGAGGCCAACCAUUGGUGAAGUUCUGAAGCAUCCCUGGGUCAGAGAAGAUUCCCAGGUGUUCACGCAUCCUUGUGAGGAGCUGCCCACCCUUGGCCCAGAUGUGGCCAUUAUAAAAGCCAUGGGACACCUUGGCUUCAGAGAAGAAGAUAUAAAAGACUCUCUAUUUUGUAAAAAAUACAACCAGGCCAUGGCCUGUUAUAGUUUCCUGAAACAACAGGCUGUGAAACAACAUGAAUGUGACAGCCUGACCCGUUCUAAGCCCAUGAAUCCACUGAGGACACCUUUACCUUCCCCUGAUGAUCCUGCCACUUUCAACCUUGAACAAAGUUGUAGAGAAAUGCAACGAGCAUUACACUGGUCAUCUUACACGAGUGAAGGUCAUUUCACUCCUAGAGAGAGGAGAGCAAGAAGUGUUAGUUGGCCUGGUGUCCUUCCCUGCAGGACACUCCAGACAACACCCACAAUGGGCCAAGCCCACAUAAGUUCUAGGAGUGCGCCCUGCAUUUCCUCCAUGCACUUUGGAGCCAAGAAUAGCCAGAGCAAGGAAAGCACAGCAGACCACCCCACCACCUCAGCAAAGGAUAUGCCGGAACCCAGCAGGGGCCCACCCAGAGGGUUUAAGUGGUGGGCCAGGAAGAUGGGAAGAAACCUCCUGAGUUUGUGCUGCUGUAUUCCAACACAAAACAGAUCUCGUCUGAGGCAGAAGAAAAUCUCCCCACAAAAAUGA